CCUGAAAGAGAAAGCGAGCUUUUUUUUGUUGUUGAUGAGAGUUUUUUAGUUGAUGUUGGAAACUUGAAGAACUGGCAAACUUGUUUGUGUGAUUUGUGUCAAAACUGUACCAUUUUCGGUCCGUAUAAGUUGGACUAAGCAAGGGUUGUUUCGUUUAUCAAUGUCUGUCUGAACAAGUGGAGCUAAUUUGAUCUUCUGGAGGGAUGUGGGUUAAUUGCCUGAGGUUGGAGGUGUGUUUUGCUUCGAAUUAUAGCGACAUGACUAGUUUUCAUUUUCCAUUGCCUGGCAUUAGGAAGUUGGGCAUUGAGAAAAAAAGCCACCAAAAGAAUGGAAGGGAGGUUGGCUAAUACGUGGAGGUUGACAGUAAAUGAGAAGAAAUUUGUUGAAACUGCAUUGCAGUCUGAGCUCAGAGUUGAUGGCCGUGGGCUUUAUGAUUACCGCAAGCUCACUAUUAAAUUUGGCAAGGACUAUGGGUCCUCAGAAGUGCAACUCGGUCAAACUCAUGUAAUGGGUUUGGUGACUGCUCAGUUGGUGCAACCUUAUAAAGACAGACCUAAUGAAGGGUCGCUCUCUAUCUUCACGGAGUUUUCUCCAAUGGCUGAUCCAUCUUUUGAGCCAGGUCGUCCUAGCGAAUCUGCCGUGGAGCUAGGUCGCAUCAUAGAUCGUGGUCUAAGAGAAAGUCGUGCUGUGGAUACUGAGUCACUUUGUGUUCUAUCUGGGAAGUUGGCUUGGGCUGUCCGUAUCGAUCUUCACAUUUUGGACAAUGGAGGAAACUUGGUUGAUGCUGCAAAUAUUGCUGCCUUAGCUGCACUAUUGACAUUCAGGAGGCCUGAGUGCACAUUAGGAGGCGAGAACGGUCAGGAAGUUAUAAUACACGAGCCUGAGGAAAGGGAACCACUUCCACUGAUAAUACACCAUCUCCCGAUAGCCUUCACUUUUGGGUUUUUUAGUGAAGGGAACAUCUUGGUUAUGGACCCAACUUACAUCGAGGAGGCUGUUAUGGGUGGCAGAAUGACGGUCACAGUUAAUGCAAACGGCGAUAUUUGUGCUAUCCAAAAACCGGGAGAAGGAGUUUCACAGAGUGUUAUUCUUCAUUGCCUCCGGCUUGCUUCUUCUAGAGCUGCCGCAACAACAAAGACGAUAAAAGAUGCAGUCGAAGCAUAUAACCGUGAGAGGGCCUUACAAAAGGUCAAGCGCCAUUCUACCUCCGCUAAAUCUACAACUUCUGGACCGACCGUAGCUCUGAAAGAGGUUCACAAGGAAUCUUCCGAACACGAGCUCUCUCCAGGGGUCAGCGGCGGACCGAAAUGUGAUGAUGAAUCUUCGAAACUCAGAGAUGCUAAUAAGGAACAUCAAGCAGCUCCUAGCAAUUUCAUCGGCAGACCCUCGAGCUGGGACCCGUACUCGGAAGGUGUAGACGUUGAUUCUGUUAAAGCUUCUCUCGCUUCACGAGGUGGUGAGCAACGGUCAAUCCCGAGCGAGGAGCUGAAUGAUUCAGGAGAUGACGGGAAUGGCGGCUCGACUUCGCCAAUGGAUAUAUCCGAAGGGAUGAAGUCCAGUUCCGUGCUUAGCGACGCACCUCAGGCAACUGGACAGAGGGACGGAGAGAGAACAUUGAAGGAGGCAGUGAAGCCAAAGAAGAAGAGAAAAAAGAAGGCUUCUUCUGCAACAAGUUAGACAGAAUACAAGUGCUUUAGUCUUGAAAAUGGGUUUGUAGUUUGGUUCAGAUCUUAAUCAACCCAUUCACAUAGCUUGAAUGCCCGUAGAUACGGGUAAUCAUCGGCCAAAUUCUAGAUCCAGAUUUGAAA